AACAACGAAGAGGAGACGGAUGAAGCUGAAGUUGCAUUGGUUGGUGGCAGGUUUCGCUUCCGGCCCUUCGUUUUUGUUCAUGACUGACGUCAGCGUUUCAGUCCGUAGUGACGCAGGAUAAGUGUUCAAAUCUUUUACUCGGGACUCUAUCCAACAGCAAGCAACAAACACAUCAUCGGCAACAGCCCGACGACGAUCUUGUGUUGUGUGUCGCCCUCUCUCUCUCUUGCCUAUCAUCUCUGAACGAUGGCGUCCCGCACGUUGCCCAAGCUCCGGCAGGUGGUGUUGAAUGAUGUAUUCACCCAGGCAUUUGAACAAGCCAGGCAAAAGCCAUUGGAUCUGACCCACAACCAGCAGGUAGCUCGCCUUUACCGCAAGUCGCUCCGAGUGCUUUUGAGCUGGUCCAUCCACAGGAAAACAUUCAACGAAGAAGCCACCACGUUGAGAGCACGUUUUGAUGAAGCACGGGGAUGCUCUCCCGCUAAGGCUGCUCGUUUGUUGAGGGAGGGCCAUGAGGAAUUACUCGAAUUCACUCACCCCGAUCCGUACUGCCUGCCACCCAUGCCCGGUGGUUCCAAGCACAUGAGGUACUCGCCCCUUCCCAGAGAAAUCUGCUUCACCGAUGGGAACUACCCCGCCGAUGCUCCCGACUAUUACAUCAAUCCUGACUGGAGUAUUUGCAAGCCCGAAACCGGAAAGAGUGCCAUUGGCAGUGUCCUUGUUGAUUUUGGAAAGAAGAACAUGGAGUAGACGAGAGGAAGCAAGGAGGUCGGUCUGUGCUUGUGGAGCGCAAAUAUUAUUAGGAUCGUCAGUGGAGAGUGGCAGUGCCUCUCUGGUAGCUAAGUAGAGUAGUUAGGCACGAAGGCAGGAUCGAGAUAACUUAGUAUGUCGUUUAUUUGU